AUGGCCUCCUCCGUCAGCCCUAAUAUAACAAGCUACUUCAACCGGGGACCGCUGACAACCACCUUCACCCCGCCGACAACAUGCCUCCAGACCUUGUCCGUGGUUUCAUUUUAUGUGGAGGACACGCCUAAGACCGCCACAUUCUACGGGCACUGGUUUGGGUUUGACGACGCGGGUUACUCAUGCUUACCCACAGGCACCAUGCCUGGCACUCUACUGGCUUCACCGACAUACUGGGGUACAUACUGGUACUCCCCAGGUCUUUACUGUCCGACUGGAUGGACUACUGCAGGCGAAUUGGGUCCAUCAUGGAAUGGGUUACAUGUUACCGGCAGCACAAGUGGUGCUAUUUGCUGUCCGUCGAGCAUGAGCUUUUAUGCGACGGACCAUCAAUGUAGGGAAGUCCUAUCGGAAAAAGACACCAUCACAAUUGGGAUGUCCGGUGUAGUGGUCACAUCUACCCUGGCAACAUCAAUCACCAUUUAUGCGGACGGAAUCCCACUCAUCUGGGAGAAGUCCGAUCUCCCCAAAACAACCAGCGCAUCAACAACACCCUUGUCAACACAAACAUCAACCGCAACCGGUGCGGCAGCAUCAAACUCGCCUAACAAUAAUAGAAGUGGUGGCUUAUCAGAAGGAGCCAAGAUCGGCAUUGGGAUUGGGAUCCCGAUGGCGGCCAUUGCGAUAGGAGUAGCGACCUUUUUCUAUUUCCUCAAACGACACAAAACGGCCAAAGAGGAACCUCAUGCGGAGAUAUAUGAUUCUCCACGAGGUCGCGGAGCGCUCUCGGAGCUCGCGACUAAAGAGAAUUCCGAACCAUUUGAGCUUGCUAGUAGGGGAGAUCGCUCGGAGCUUCCUUCGAACACUCCGACUCAUGUGCAUGAAUUGGCAUGA